AUUUUAAAUACUGUGGCAUAAGACUCUGUAGAUUUGUGCCUUUAAAUAGUAGUUUUGAUCUCAGAAAAUAAUUUUGCUGUCACAGUGGUCUCUCCAUUCCUUUUCUCAGGAGAAGAUACUGUCAUAUCGUAGCAAUCUGAGUCCCUUCUUUGAAGUCAACAGUUUGAAUAUUAUUACAAAGUGAGUACCAGUAGGACAAUUUUUAAAGGUACUUUCUAGUGAUGUUGAAAUAGUUCUAAGGGAACAAUAUUUUAGCAAAAGAUGUGUUAGUCACUUACUGUCCCUGUUAUUAAGUGACGUGUUAUGAUGGCUGCAGUGCUCAUGAUUAAUAGCAAUAUAAGAAUUCUGCUUCCACAAGAGGGUGAUUUGUAACAGAAGUGCUCUUAUAAAGGCUGACUUUUCCUUGCAAAAGUUAUGAUCUGGCAAAUCCUCCUUCAAGUGCUUAGGCUCAGCUCUUUCAGUUCCUGGUAAAGGCAUGCUUUUCUCCACAGUACCUCAUGGGUGAGUGAACCCUGGUCCCUGCUGGUUUCCUGAAAGGUUAUCUCAUGGUCCCUAGGCAUAAGCAGCUUUUUCUCCUGCUCCUGCUGAGCUCAAAUGGGUAGUGAGUUGUUCUGCAUUUCUCCACUGAGUUGGAUAUUGGAAAGUUAUAAUACAGGUAGGUCCGUUACCUUCAGCUGAUUACCUCUCAACAGCGUAAGUGCAAGUUCAACUUAUGAAAUUGCCUAGAGAUUCUCAGUUUCAUGCAGAAAUUUAUGUGUGACUUUAUAUAACACAUACCAUUUUAGCCUGUAAUUUAUGAAAGCAUUUGUGUUUUCUCUUCAAUAUUAUUGAAGUAACUCACAUUCUUACUAGUUCUACUAAGUUUCUGGAUAAAGUUUUCAGAUUUUUUUUUAAUGGCUUAAGUCAGUUCAGUGCCUUUGAGUAUCUCCCCUGCUAUGAAGAAAUACGGUGUUUUAUUUAUUCUAAGGUUGUGUAAUGAUACAGUUAACAGCACUUGGAGGAUGUUGUUCUGUGGAACAUUUCUAUGAGAUUGCAGGGCAUUUGUGCCAAAUUGUUGAAAUUCUGUCAGUCUGCAUGCAGGUACUCAUAGUCCUACACCAAGGUUCAUAUCAGUGCUUUUCUAGAACUGCUUUUAACGGGCUGCAUUCACAAUAGUAAACAUCAGGAUGUAUCAUUUGCAGCUGUUUCAUAUUUUCCUCAGUCAUUGCUCUUUGAUGCAUUAAACCAUAAUCAGAUUUGUUGAACAGAACAAAAAAAUAACAGGUCUCUCCAACACAGGAGAGUGCAGAAUAUCAUGGUACUUGGAAUCUGGUUUUGGGAGACUUAGGGAGUAAAGUAAGGGGUUUGGUACUAGUGUCACUUCACAUACUAAAACCAAUUCAUAGAUGCAAAGUGAAAAGAGUAAUUGAAACAUCUUAAUUUAUCACCAACUUAGUUUUUGUUUUAUUGCUUUUCUAUGCAAGCAAAUCCCUGAAAAGGUGUCUACUGAGAUUAGAGAGGGGAUUUAUUUACAAUUUAAAAAAAAAAAUUGAAAACCAUUAUUAUUUUUUGUGGUGUACAUUGAACAAGGUGUGCUUUCAUGUCUCAUUUGUGGGAUUUCAGCCUCAUUCUUGCACCUAAUGACACUGCUGAAAAGCCAUAGGGCUUCACUGUCUAGUGAGGCUGAUACAGUCAGUGUACUCAAGGUGUGAUAAUGAUCAUGAUGAUGUAGUUCUUUUAAGAUGUUCUUUUUCUGCACACUUUUAGAAAGACAACUGUCUCCAAAAUUGAGAAAAAGGAGAAUAAUUGCAAACAGAUAAACCAAAAGGAGAGAUGUGUUCAGCUAAAGGUCUAUGCUGUCAGCACGGCUGUCUUCAGAGCUGGUCUGUAGCUGAACUAUUUUUGUAAAUAUAUAAAUGCCAGUAACCACUUGAGCAGGGCACUUGAUUCCAGUUUUUAUGGGCGGUGCCUGUAAUGGACAACGGUAGUGUAUCCAAGCCAAGUUGGCCAUCUUUGUGCUCUACAAUGCCAAAAACUUCAAAGCUUCUUCCUUUUAGAACUCUAAAGCAAUGCAAGUUUGUGUUUCUUCAUAUCAUCAAACUUAAUUAUUGGCAAUAAGCAACUGCUGGCAGGAGCAGCACGUCACAUGGCUCCAUUUCUGCUUUAGAAAAGAACCAGUGAACACAGUCCCACCAGCGCUCGUACUAGUGAAACCAAUUUUCUUCCCUUCUUUGGCCUUUGCCACCUUCUGCCCGUCCUGCCGUGCAAUCCCUGCUCCUACUGCCCAGGACAUCCCCUGCUGAGGAGAGGGAGUGCGUGUCAUCUAACCUAACCACAGAUCCUCUCUGGGAUUUUAGGAAUGUUGAGACGUGCUGGUUAUAAAGCCCAAAGUACAAAAUGGUCACGGAUGGCUGGAAUGAGGCAUGUUCUAAUGGAAACAAAUCACUUGUCAGUAAGCAGCCUUCAAACUUUUGAACAAAAGCUCAAAAGGGUCAGGGAAAAGACAUGUUUGUUGACUUAAAAUGGCUGGAUGCAGGUCGUCCGAAAGGCAUAAGCUUCAAUAUUGUUGAGUUCCUAGUGAUGCGGUGAUUCUUCCAGUGGACACAGCAGUGGGAUAAUUGCAUAGAGAUUAAUUUUCAGUUCCAGUAAGUGAGAAUGCCUCUCUCCACGUAUGCAACAAGAUGUCGGUGGUAGAAAACGCUUUCCGUAAAUUUGCAAUAUAUGGUGACACAUCUGCCAGUGGCAACGACAUGACAGGGAAAAACUUCUCCAAGAUGUGCAAAGAGUGUGGGGUCAUGGAUGGGAAAGCUGUGACCAGCACUGACAUUGACAUCGUAUUCAACAAAGUCAAGACCAAGGGUGCCCGCACCAUCACCUUUGCUGAGUUCCAGCAGGCCAUGAAGGAGCUCUGCAGCAAGCGCUUCAAGGGCAAAUCACCAGAGGAAGCACUGCAAGCUGUGUAUGGCCUCAUCGAGGGGAAGGAGCCCGGCAGCGUGGGUGCCACGAAAGCCACCAAGGUUGGUGGGGUCGAGAGGCUGACAGACACUAGCAAAUACACCGGCAGCCACAAAGAGCGUUUUGAUGAGAGUGGCAAAGGGAAGGGUCUUGCCGGCCGCCAGGAUCUGACGGACAACAGCGGCUACGUUGGAGCCUACAAGGGAGCUGGCACGUACGACCAGACGCACUAGGACUGAAACUGCUUAAGGAAACAAGGACUUUUCCCCUAUAACAUGGGAGGAGAUGCAAAUAAACAUCUCAUGCAAC